UUAAGCUCUUGAGCAACAUCCAGCCUCCUCAUCUCAACACUCAAGUGCCCCUGUUUCUCUCACUUUGCUUCCCAUCCCUUAUUGUCUUUCAUAACUUAGAUUCUAUACCAGAAUGUUCACAGCUGAUGGUCUUUCCAUCAGGAAUCCUUCAUGUUUUGCCAUCAGUCUUGUAAUAUCCAAUGCAGCUGCAGUCUGCACGAUUGGAUCUUAUGCAGAUACUCUGGCAGCAAGUUGACAUGUAGCAUCAAAGAAUAAUGAUUUUCUUGCUACCUCGGUGGGUGCUGCUGCCACGAAGAAGAAAUUAUCAGUCAACUGAGUGCUCGAUUCUUUCAGUGUCUAAUUGUAGAGCUCUUGCAAGCCGAUUGGUUGAACUUGGCUAUCAACUGGUUUCUGGUGGCAGUGACAAUCACCUUGUACUUGUGGAUCUGAGGCCAUUGGGUAUUGAUGGGGCUCGGUUGGAGAAAAUACUUGACAUGGCUUCUAUCACCUUGCACAAAAAUUCAGUGCCUGGGGAUAAGAGUGCACUCGUGCCAGGUGGCAUCCGCAUUGGAUCACCUGCUAUGACCACUAGAGGAUUCACAGAAAAGGAAUUCACAGCUAUUGCUGACUUCAUCCAUGAGGGUGUGCAAAUAACUGUCAAUGCUAAAGGAUUGGUGUCUGGAUCAAAGCUACAAGAGUUCUUGAAGUUUGUGGUGUCUCUCGAUUUUCCUUUGACUGAUAAGGUGGCAAGUCUCUGGAGUAGAGUUGAAGCACUGACAACCCAGUUUCCCAUUCCUGGGGUAUGAAUGGUAUCGAUGCACUCUACUAAGUAAUAAUGAGAAAUUGAGAACAUCAUGAAAUUCAACAAAGGUUUUAGGGAUCGAAUUUGAAUGUAUCCAUAAAGUUGUGAAAAAGUACUUGGAGAGAAAUUGAGAACAUCAGAACAAGGUGAAAUCCAACACAGGUUUUAGGGAUCAAAUUUGAAUAUAUUCAUAAAGUUAUGAAAAUUUGGAAGUGUUUGAGAUCUUCUAUUGAACAUUAUGGAUUUCACUUAGUAUAUAUCUCAUUAGUAACCACUUAUUAGUACUCCAUCGGUAGACAGGAAAAAUUAAACCAUUGGUCAUGUGAUCAACUUUCCAUCAUCA